CAUAACAUGUUCUUGAGUGUGUACUCAAGUAGUACCUCUUCAGCGAGACCUGGUUUUUCUGUUGGCACCACAGAUGCUCGUUAAGUUAGGCGUAAGUUAAGUGAUCGGGAGAACUUGACAGUAAAGCAAACUGCCAAAGAACAGCGAAUACGAAGUGAAUCUCGGGAUGCUCCGUUUCCCGCACCAAACGCUGCUGUAAACAUUCUGAAACGGUGACGGACAUCAGGACUGCAACUAGGCGAAGUGUUUUGCAGUGCGCGGCCCAUAUACUGUAAGUCCUUCAACUGUGGACCAGUACAGACUACGACUUCCAAACGGAAUCAAAUUUUCAAAAUGGAACGGCCCCGGGGUUGACGAAGAGACGCGGAUUUCUGUUUUAUUACUCAAGGAAGGGUCUAAGGAGAUGCUAGUUGUGGUGGUCGGACAGCGCGGACACACAGACACCCCCAGCCCUGUACGAUCUGAGGAGAGAGUUUUGGCAACCAGCACGCCCUGCCUGGCCCCCAGUGGCCUCCAGGUAAGCUGAAGGCAAAUUGAGUGACAGUGCCAGAAGAAAGCCCAACCUCGCUUCGCAGGUAGGUGAUUUCCUGGUCUUCACAUUAGGCUCUGCCCUCUACCCCCUUCCCUAAAUUUCUCGAUUUGCUGGUGCCGGCAUUGCCAUGGCGGCGUACGGUCAAACGCAGUACAGUCCGGCUAUCCAACCUGCAGGACCCUACGGACCGUACGCACACCAUUCACAGGGCUACAGCAUGUCCUCUUACAACAUUAAGACAGAGGACAGCUUGAGCCACUCGCCAGGACAGAACAGUCUGCUCGGCUACGCCUCGAAUUUCGGGAGCCCCCCACCGAGCCAGGCCCUGUACAGCUACUCCACACACGGAAGUGGAAUUUCAUCAGGUAUUUUCCAGGGAGCCAAUGGAAUCAGUAGUUCUACACCAUUUAGCCCCUCCCAGCAGGAUUUCUCUGCAUACUCGGCCUACAGCCAAACCCAGUACUCCCCGUACUACAGCUCCCACUACAACAACCCUUACCUCACAGCCAGCAACGUCAGCCCCUCCGCCAUCACCAGCGCCGUACCCUAUCAGCACCCAGAACACGCCCCCGUGGUGACCAAUCACAGCCCAGAGUCACACUCAGGAGAGUAUCACCUUCCCCCCAGCCCCCCCACCCCGGGUAAAGAGCAGGAGGGGGGUCCGGCUCGGCGAGGCUCUGACGCUAAGCUGAGGGGGCGGAAGAGAACCAGCGACCCUGCCCCUCCGCUCGACUCCGACAUCGAGCGGGUCUUUGUGUGGGACCUGGAUGAGACCAUCAUCAUCUUCCACUCUUUGCUCACAGGGACGUUCGCCACAAGAUUUGGCAAGGAUUCUGCUAAGGCCGUGUCUCUGGGCCUGUGGAUGGAGGAGAUGAUCUUUAACCUGGCUGACUCGCGCCUGUUCUUCAAUGACCUGGAGGAAUGCGACCAAGUUCAUAUUGACGACGUGGCAUCGGAUGACAACGGGCAGGACCUGAGCACGUACAACUUUGGCGCAGACGGCUUCCAGAGUCCAGCAGGGGGCGCCACGCUGUGCCUGGGGUCGGGGGUUCACGGAGGGGUGGACUGGAUGAGGAAGCUGGCGUUCCGCUAUCGCCGGGUGAAGGAGAUCUACAACACCUACAAGAACAAUGUGGGAGGUUUACUGGGCAGCCCUAAGCGGGAGGAGUGGCUCCAGCUGCGGAGGGAGAUGGAGGUUCUCACAGACCUGUGGCUCACUCAGGCCCUGAGGGCUCUCGCUCUCAUCAACUCCAGGCCAAACUGUGUGAACGUGCUGGUCACCACCACCCAGCUAAUACCAGCCCUGUCCAAGGUUCUCCUAUACGGCCUGGGCGCGGCCUUCCCUAUAGAAAACAUCUACAGCGCCACAAAGACAGGGAAGGAGAGCUGCUUCGAGCGCGUCACACAGCGGUUCGGUCGACGGGCGGUGUACGUGGUAGUGGGCGACGGAGUGGAAGAGGAAACAGUCGCAAAGAAGAAGAACAUGCCUUUCUGGAGAGUGUCCUGCAGGCCUGACCUGGAGGCCCUUAGCCAUGCACUGGAGCUCGACUACCUCUAGGUGGCGCCAUCUAUCCAACCUGCACUUCCUCUUCCUGCCUGUGUCUUUGCAACCAAUCAGUUGACCAAUGAGACCCUGCCCAUAAACUGCAAACACGAAGAGGGAGGAGCAGGGAUAUCGCUGAGGACACCUCACCCUGGGUCUCAGUGUGUCAGUAAUUUAAAAAAAGACUUCUGUUGAAGGAGACACAUCCUGUUUUGAAUUAGGGAAAAUGCAGAACAAGGACCUUUGAUGAGGAAAAUCAGUUUCUGUUUUUUUUGUUUUGUUUCUUGGUCUGCUUGACAGGAAUCCUGGAUUUUUAUGGUAAUGUGGGGAACUGUGUUGCUUUAUUCAAGACUGCAGAAGAUGGUGGAA